AUGUCAGAAAGAGAAAGGAAGAAGUUACUGAAUAAGUUACAACCACUCUUUGAUGGGAUUUAUAAAAUUGAGGAUAGAGGUUAUUUAAUCUCAAAGACCUUUCAAACUGUUCCAUUAAGAUCAGGAACAGAUUACUAUAAAAUUGUUCAAAAUCCAUUAUCACUUCAUGCUGUGGGCCGUAAAUUAAAAAGUUUGAAAUAUGCUAAUGCUCAAGAAUUUAUAUAUGAUUUGGCUUUGAUUUCAUGGAAUGCAAGAUUAUACAAUCAACCAGAAUCUAUUAUUUACAGGCAAGCUCAAAUUUUAAAACAAUACAUUACUGAUGUGGUGAUUGCAAAAUUGAAAAGCGAUAAGAAAUUUAAUGCGCAAGAAUUGAUUUAUCCGCAUAUUGGCGAUUUACCUGAAGAUAAGGAUAAUGAUGAAUUAGUUGCAUUUUCUUUUGAAAAUUCGGAAGCCACUCCUGGUUCAAGUACGGCUGGUGCUCUUAAACGUGAUGACUAUGAAAUGAGUGCUACCCCACAAACUAUAGAACCUUCUGUUGUCUCUUUGUCUAAACCGGUAGUAUCAACAGGUUAUAAUACCAGACUGCCAUACCCGGUUCCUGCAGCCACACCAACUCCAACACUUCGACAAGAAGACAUAAGGAAAAUCAAAUUGAAAGUGGUAUUAGAAGAGGUAGACCUCCAAUUAUUGACAAACCAUUUGAAACACGUAUCAAAUUGA